AUGUGCAACUUCCAACUGAAAAUAAUAAAAUGGAUACAUCCUUCGGUUGAACAUCUUCAUUUUCUUAUCAUUCUUCAGCUAAACAUUCAUACUGUUUUUACAGGAUUGAUAAGGCGCGACAAUUCUGAUAUCAAAACAAUUUGCGGAGAAUUUAGUUUUGUGUAUCCACCGGCGAACGCCUCCACUUUGGACCAAAUCACCAUAAAAAAUGAUACUACGAUUACAUGUAAAUGGUCGACUCAACCUGGAUCACGAGUCGUUUCGGUCGUAGAUUUCGAACUUUUCAUGGAUGAAGGACCUCGCCAAGGACUGAUAACUGUUUUGUGGGAUAAAGGUGUUAACAUGACGCAAAAUUCGGCAAGUGUGGAGGUUCGAAUAUAUUCAUCUUCGGACAUAAAACUUCCUGCAACUUUCUUGGCUAGAAGUUUUGCGACUACGGAUUUUGGACCUAAGUGUACUGCUUACAC